AAAGCACCCUGUGUCUCUUGUUGGAAAGCACCCACAUACGACAUACGCGAUUUCAAGAGGAGUAUGUAAUUCGCGAUUUUUUAUGUAAAAUUUAGUGAAUAUGAGGCGGUGUAUCGUAAAAUCUUGUGCAAAUAGAACAGAUAAUUGCUGUAAAACCGAAGUAAGUUUCUUCAAUUUACCGAAGAACGAAAUCAUGCGUGAGUGCUGGCUUCGGAAAAUUGGGGAGGUUAUGUUACCUUCAAACAUAAAAAAUGCAAAGAUAUGUUCAGACCACUUUACCAAAGAAUCAUUCCACAUAGGAAGGAGGCAAAAAUCGGGAAAAUGUAUAAAUCCAAGACGGUUCCUUUUGCCAAAUGCAUUUCCCACCAUAAUGUCACCUCCAACAAAGAAUAAAACUGUUAGUAUGGACUUUAAAGUUAUUCAUAGAGAAUUUCUACUUCCUACCAACAUCCAUAAAAGCACAGAUGAAAAAAACAGAAAUAAUGUGAAAGCUGCCAACACUUUUCAAAGUUUUCAAACUGAUAGCUCGCUAGUGAAUACAUUACAUCCUGAAAAUGCCACUCCUGAUCCACUCAGUAUAGUAGAGACUGUUGUAAAUGUCGAAGCAUCCAAAAGUCCUGUUCAAAAAAAACCACGGCUGGAUAAAAAGAGAAUUUUUGAAACACCACAACACAUAUCUGAUGCAUUACAUUCUGAAAAUGCCACUCUUGAUCCACUCAGUGUAUCAGAGACUGUUGUAUAUAUCGAAGCACCCAAAAGUCAUGUUCGAAAAACACCACGGCUGGAUAAAAAGAAAAUUUUUGAAACAUCACAACACACAUCUAAUGCAUUACAUCCUGAAAAUGCCACUUCUGAUCCACUUAGUGUAUCGGAGACUGUUGUAUAUAUCGAAGCACCCAAAAGUCAUGUUCAAAAAACACCACGGUUGGAUAAAAAGAAAAUUUUUGAAACACCCCAACACACAUCUAACGCAUUACAUCCUGAAAAUGCCACUUCUGAUCCACUUAGUGUAUCGGAGACUGUUGUAUAUAUCGAAGCACCCAAAAGUCAUGUUCAAAAAGCACCACGACUGGAUAAAAAGAAAAUUUUUGAAACAUCACAACACACAUCUAAUGCAUUACAUCCUGAAAAUGCCACUUCUGAUCCACUUAGUGUAUCGGAGAGUGUUGUAUAUAUCGAAGCACCCAAAAGUCAUGUUCAAAAAACACCACGGCUGGAUAAAAAGAAAAUUUUUGAAACACCCCAAAACACAUCUAACGCAUUACAUCCUGAAAAUGCCACUUCUGAUCCACUUAGUGUAUCGGAGACUGUUGUAUAUAUCGAAGCACCCAAAAGUCAUGUUCAAAAAAAACCACGGUUGGAUAAAAAGAGAAUUUUUGAAACACCACAAUACACAUCUGAUGUAUUUGAUAAUGUGUACAAUAACGCUUUUCCAAGAAGAUUUAUUAUGGAGAAUUGUAGUUAUAUUAAUGAGACAACUCAUAAAUCAAGACAAAAUGAGGAGGCGUACAAUCAAUCAAUGAAGUUGCUAAAAACUGAAUUGGAGCAUCAUCAACCUCUCAAUGAAUUUCAUCUACAAUCUAGAUGCAAUAAACUGGAUGAAAUAAAAGACAUUGAAAAAGAAUGCCAAACUUUACGGUUGCAAUUAGCACAAAAAAAUGAAGAUAUUCAAAAGUUAGUAGAAGAGAAAAACCAAAUGAAGGUUAUAAUUAAUGAUCUUCAGGUGAAACUGGUGGCAGCUGAUCUUAACAAACAUAACGUUGAACAGACAAUUAAGGACAAAAUAACACAAAUAUUGAAACGUUAUUUCACAGAAGGACAAAUAAGAUGCAUGCUUGAAAAUCGAAAAUGGGUUCGGUGGUCGAUAGAUGAUUAUGCUUCGGCAAUUUCAUUUCGAAGUGUUAGCCCAGAAGCAUACAAAUAUUUACAGCUUAAACUUAAUUUCCCAUUACCGUCGCUUGGUUCAUUAAGAAGAAACAAAAAGGACUUUAAAGAGAUUUAAUGUUUAAGAAGGAUUAUUAAUUUGACGUUCUGGUAGUAAUGCGAGAAAAAGAAAUAAAAACGAGAAAUGUAUAUUAAAAAGUUUCUUUUGUGUAAAUAAAAAUCAUUCAUUAUUACGGUUUAUUAUAUUA